AUGCCUGACAGCACUGCACAGGGCGAUGAGAUGAUGCUUGACGUUAUCGACGUCCCUGGUUUUUAUGGUCUCGAUGUCUUCGGUGAUUUUUUGAAUACCAUUUACAUUUGUUUUGUCCUCCGUCCAGUUGUUUCCGCCGUUAUUAAGGCCAUGCUCUCUCAGCUUCUGCAGCUUAUCGGUGACCUGUUCACUCAACUGCUUCUGGAGCUUUGUAAGCUCACUGAUGAUGUCUUGGACGCCUCCCUCAAUUACACCGGGCUGAGAGGACAACGUAUUUUGUUGACCUUGAAGUUCAGUAUCAAUUUUUGA